CUAUUUAUCUACUUAUCUGCCUGUCUAUAACAAGUUUAAAUGUAUAUUUUCCUUUCUUCCACAGAUCCGUUUGUAUGAAAUAGAAAAAAGAAAGAAAAAAAUCCGAAAUGAAGAUGAUCAGCUAAGAACAAAGCCCCUGGGAACUCACUCCCUCCCCCCCCCCUCCCCGUUCUAGAAAUAAGAGAAUUGUCCAAUAAAAAAAGACAGAGGAAAAGGUCGAAAAUAACAAGAGUAAACUACGGACCUCCUGCCCUUCCACGCCUCUUCCGAAAUGUUCCCCGCCGACUCGAACGAAAGCUCGUACCCGACUUCAGCGCCCACGGCCGCCCACCUGGGGGUUCCCGACGGCCCCAACUGCAGCGUGGAGGACUCUGUCAAGGCGGGGGCGGCGGAGGAGACCUGUGGCGAAGAUGAGGAUCCUGGUUCCUACAUUUUCCAUCAGCCGGAGGUGAAAGUGCCGCUUCUCCUGCUCUACACCGCUGUCUUCAUCUUCGCGUUUUUGGGUAACCUUCUGGUCGUUCUGGUCAUGGUUCUUCACAGGAGAAUGAGAAGUCACACCAACUUUUUCCUGACCAAUUUAGCCGUCGCCGAUCUCUGUGUUGCGGUCUUCUGCAUUUAUCAAAACUUCGCUAUGUACGUGAUUCAGGACUGGUACUUCGGGGAAUUCCUGUGUCUCAUGUACCAGUUCGUGAACCAGCUAAGCUACACGGCGUCUGUAAUCAUCCUGGUGGUUGUGAGCGGCGAGAGGUACCUAGCCAUCGUCGAGCCUCUGAGGGCCAAGAGUCUCCUCACGCGGAGGAACAUGAUUAUCACAAUGGCGUUAGUGUGGAUUAUAUCUGCAGUUUACUCGUGUCCGCGGCUAUUGUACUUCACGGUCCAGGAGUACCCCGUGGGCGGCGGCCGGACGGAGGCCAUGUGCCUGCUGCGACGCGACAAGUUCGACACGAAGAUCUGGGACGUGGUGAGCCUCAUCCUGCUGUACCUGCUGCCGCUGGUGCUGCUGUCGCUGCUGUACGCCCGCAUUGCGCACACGCUGUGGCGGUCCGGGCGCCUGCUGGCCGCCGCCGCCUCGCCCUACUACGCCGCGUCGCCGGCCGCCGAGUACGGCACCUUCAAGUCGCAGCACACGGCCUCCGUCACGUCCACCUCGAGCAGCGGCGCGGGAGGAGGCGCCGAGGGGGACGAGGGCGGCCCGGUGCUCAACCAGGCGCGGGACACGACGCUGCACGUCACCCGCGGCUCCGUCAAGUCCGUCACGUCGACGUAUGUCUCGAUGGCGUCGGUGAGGGACGAGGGCCUCCGCGUGAGCCAGACAGCUCCCGAUAUCAUCCCCCUCACGCCCCGCGGGCACAGCAGACGGGACAACGGCGCCCGCAGGACGCCCAUCCCCUCGCCCCGGGUGCCUCGCCGCCCCAUGCACCUGCACCCGUCGCCGCUCGUGCUGCGCGCCCGCCGCAAGGUCAUCAACAUGCUGGUGAUGGUGGUGGUGAGCUUCGCCGCGUGCUCGCUGCCUUUCCACACGCGCAAGAUGCUGCAGUACUACUGGGCCAACUACAAGCACACCUCCGCGUCCUCGUACAUCCUCACGCCUGUCACCUUCCUCCUCAUGUACGCCAACUCCGCCGUCAACCCCAUCCUGUACACCUUCAUGAGCCGCAAGUUCCGCAACUCCUCGCUCGACCUCUUGACCUGCCGCCUCUGGCAGAGCCGGCACCCGAGGCCGCCGAGGCCGACCGUCGUAGCGCGGCUCAGCGGCAGGGAGAAGGUCGUCACGCACCUGGUGUAAGGGGCGCGCCCGAGGCUCGCUCAGGGGCCCCUGUCUGUGCCGGGAUGGAGGUGACAAAGCGCUCUAAAGAAUCGAAGAUCUGUUUAGA